AUGUACAGCAUCACAGCACUCAUAUUUUUGCUAGCACUUGGCCGCGCUCGCAGCGGUCUGUUAGGAGGGUAUGAUAACUCUCUUCCAAAACAGGGCCUUCUGUAUAACUACGGCUCGUACGGGUUUGUGUCAACUCCAAAGGCGUUCAACGGAAUUCCCAUGGGAAAUCUAGUGGCGAUUGGGCGCGACCAGGACAUCAAGCUGGGCAUAGCCCUGGUUCAGCUAGAGGCUGGCGUGGACGUGUACAAUCUGAAGGUGGUUCCGUUUAAGGAGGCAGACAAGAAAAACGUGGGAAACACCUCGGAAGAGGUUCUUGCCGUCUCUCCAAUAGCAGGAAUAGUAAUGAAGAUGCCAUAUGACGAGAAAAACCCGGGGCAGUACUUUGAAGUGAAAAUGUCCAAAAACUUUCCUGGGUACUUCCGAAUAGGCUUCAAUGGCCUUUGUCUAACGCCAAACAGAAAACAGCUUCUCACUCUUUCUAUUUGCUGGAAAGAAAGCAGCCGGACGGUCAUUAAGCAAAUGUUCAAGUUCUACAAGGUGGAUAUAGACGAGAACGGCGGAUCGCCCAAGAAGAUCGAAGUUCCCAAGGGGAUAUCACCAUACUAUUUCCGUGGGUGUGCGCCAUGCACACGAUACAUUCCAGAUCCUUCAAAUGGGAAGUAUAUUCUGGUGCACAGCAAGUCCUGCGAAAGAAACUGUAUGAACAGGGAAGAACUAGACCCGGAGGAAAAGAGCAACGACAUAAAAAAGAAAAAUCCAAACCCGAAUGACCCAAAAAACCCGAAGAACGCACUCUCCCCAAAUAGUGACAAGCCCGGCGAGUUCUCACCCACGUCUUCACCCAACCAGCAACAGCCUAGCCAAUCACAGCCUAGUCAACCGCAGCCUAGCCAAUCACAGCCUAGCCAAUCGCAGCCUAGUCAACCACAGCCUAGCCAAUCGCAGCCUAGCCAACCGCAGCCUAGUCAACCACAGCCUAGUCAACCACAGCCUAGCCAAUCGCAGCCUAGUCAAUCGCAGCCAACUCCCAAGGUAACCUACCAAAAGACAGUAAUUCGAAAUUCCUCAACCUCCUCCCACCCACUGGAACAGCCUAAGGAAUCUUCUGUAGACACGUCGCCCAGUGCUGCUUCUGCACAGCCAGAAAGGCAGGAAGUUGAGCCCUCUGCGCCCCCGCAGGAAGAUAAAGACACUCCUCAUGUCCACGCAAGAAUGACCCCCUCAGCUUAA